AUGCCACCAACUCUCACAACAUCAAGCCAGCAACAAUUCUUUGAAAAUGUUCAUCAUGCCAUUCAAGAAACACUUAAAAAGUUUCAAAUUCAUUUGGAAUUAUGUAUGAACGACCCUCCUUUCAUGUCUGGUUUUUUUGAAUUCCUAAAACAAGAACACAAUGCUGCAAGCCUUGAAUUUGUGUUGAGUGUGGAUGACUUUGCUCUCGGAAGGAUGGUUCGUCCUGUGAAGAGCACUCUUUUUUCAUCAAAUUCCACCUCCUCGUGGUCUCCAUCCUCAUCACCACUGCUUCCAUCCUCCUCGUCUAACGGUUCUUCAUCACCUCUCAGAAACUUCAAGAUGAAAACAAAGCCCAAGAAUAAUAACGGUGGUGCAUCCUCUGCAUCCGCAUCCUCAUCUGCGUCCUCCUCCUCUUCAUCAACGUCCAUGAAUAGUACCGUACACAACAGUGUUACAAAUAUCAAUUCAAUAACGGUGAAUCGAAAACAAAAAGCUCGGGAAAUAAUUAGUCGAUUUAUCAACGAUUGUUCUCCACAUCAAGUGAAUUUAUCCUAUCCUGUCAAGGAAGCAAUAGUAAGAAAUUUUGAAAAGGAAUGUUUGAGACCUGACAAUGAUAUUGAUCCUCACUUGUUUGAUGAAGCUAGAGUGGAAAUAAGUUUACAGCUCAAUUGUGAUAGUUUUGUGAGAUUCUUGAAAAGUCGAUAUUUUGUUCAAUUCGUUACUGAAAUGGUCGAGAGAGACGUUUCUUCACAUAAUAUGGAUCUCAUUUACAAGUAUCUAAGUUCAUAUUUUUCAAAGAUUGGAGAAAGAAGAGAAUCUGUAUCACGAAAAGGAUCGCCUCCAUCGAUGAAUUCUCCUUCCAUGUUGUCUCCAACCUCUUUUGACACUUCUCCCAACAAUAUCAACAACAACGACAACAACGAGAGCGACGACGUUUCUUCUCAAACAAAUACUGAGAUGGAGGAAUUUUCCAUCGAUUCAUGA